AAUAAUUUCUACUUAAUAGAUUCCCCUCUCAUCAUAGAGUUUAGGUAUACCACUAGUCUCAACUCUCAACAUAACUAAGUUGUAUUUUCCUCCAAACCAAAACGAUAAAUAGAGGUUCACUUGUUUCCAUUUUUCCACAUCAACGUUAGCAAAAAGAAGUCAAUAUGACUACUUUCAAGAAGGUAACAAUGUUUCUCUUUCUCUCAAUUUGCCUUUCAUCAUCAUGGGCAAACAACACUCAUGAUGAUUUUCUUGAAUGCCUUCAUCACAAAUUUAGGAACUCAAACUCAGUAUCACAAGGCAUCUACACUCUUAAAAACUCAACAUAUUCCACCAUUUUCAACUCCUUUGCAGAUAAGUUACCGAUAACUUUCAACUUCAAACGAAUCAAACCAUCAAUUAUUUUCACUCCUAGUGAUGAAUCUCAAAUCCAGGCAGCUAUACAUUGCUCCAAGAAACAUGACCUACAAAUCAGAAUUCGAAGUGGUGGACAUGACUAUGGGGGCCUUUCGUACAUUUCGGAAACCCCUUUUGUCGUAAUUGAUCUUAGAAACCUAAGAUCAAUAUCCAUUGAUAUCAAAGACAAGACUGCUUGGAUUCAAGCUGGCGCGACCCUAGGGGAAGUAUACUAUAGGAUCGCGGAAAAAAGUAAAAAAUUGGCCUUUGCUGCUGGGGUUUGCCCAACUGUUGGUGUUGGUGGACACUUUAGUGGUGGAGGCUAUAGCAUGAUGUCUCGAAAAUUUGGUAUUGCUGCUGAUAACAUCAUUGAUGCUAAGCUAAUAGAUGCCAAUGGACGAAUCCAUGAUCGAAAAUCAAUGGGUGAGGAUCUCUUUUGGGCUAUUAGAGGAGGUGGAGGGACUAGCUUUGGUCUCAUUAUAUCAUGGAAGGUGAGAUUACUCGAUAUUCCAGAAAAGGUGACUGUGUUUAAUGUGGAACGAACAUUGGAACAAAAUGCAACUCAACUUGUUUACAAAUGGCAACAUAUCGCGGACAAAGUUGAUAACAAUCUUUCCAUCAGGCUCUUCCUGAGGAGUAGUCAAUCUCCAAUCAGGCUUGGGCAAAGGACUAUCCACGCCUUUUUCACUACAUUGUUCGUGGGAGGAGUGGAUGAACUACUCCACAAAAUGCAAAAGAGCUUCCCUGAACUAGGAUUAGUGAAAAAAGAUUGCAUUGAGAUGAGUUGGAUUGAAUCUGUAAUCUUCUUUGCCCGUCUCCCUAGUGGCACACCAAUUGAAGUGCUACUAAAUUGGAAUACCACAACUAAUCAAAAUGGAUUGAUCUUCAAAGGGAAAUCAGACUAUGUCCAACAUCCAAUUUCUAUAAAUGGUCUUGAAGGUUUAUGGAAGCUAUUAAACCAAGUAGGCGAAAACUCGGCUGAAAUACAGUUUAGUCCUCACGGAGGAAAGAUGAAUGACAUCUCAGUAUCUGAAACACCUUUCCCUCAUAGAGCUGGAAACAUAUACAUGAUCCAUUAUGGUGUGUUUUGGGGUAAAAUGGAAAGUUCUAAAAAACAUCUAUCUUGGAUUCGAAAACUUUAUGGAUACAUGGCUAGGUAUGUGUCGAAAUCUCCUAGAGCUGCUUAUUUCAACUAUAGAGAUCUUGAUUUGGGACUGAACAGCAAGGGAACUAACACAAGCUAUGCACAAGCAAGAAUUUGGGGAGUGAAAUACUUCAAGAACAACUUUGAUAGAUUGGUGAAAGUGAAGACUAAAUUUGAUCCAACAAAUUUCUUUAGGAAUGAACAAAGCAUUCCUCCUCUAUUAUUUGGAGUAUAGUGUUAAGUUUAAUUGCAAAACCAUCAGCACUUUCUAAUUAAAAUAAGGCUUUAAGACACCACUUUUAUGUGCACUAUUAAAAAUUAAAAGGAGGCAUGAAUAUAUUCCAAGAGAAGCUGUUGUAAGAUAUUCUCCCAUUUAUAAAUAUCUUUUUUAGGAAUAAA